AUGAUUCUCCCAUUCGGGAAUGAGUCCUUUGAUGCUGCCUUGAAUCGCAAUCACAAUGACAACGUUCAGAUAUCUUUCGAAGAGCCAAUCGGUACCGAAGGCAGAGGAGGCUACUUUGAUAGUUCGGCGAGCUAUCUGGGAAAGGUUAACAUAAAUCCAGCAUACGGCGCCUUCCAGGCCUACUAUGAGGCCGUUCUCCUCCCUGCAGAAUCACCAGCUACAAUUGCCUGGAUCGGGAGCUUUCAGCUCUUCUUUCUAUUUUCUAUGAGUAUCAUGGUUAGCCCACUUAUUGACAAAGGCUACUUCCGUCUCGGCUUCAACGGAGGCUGUUUUCUGAUGUUGGUAUCGAUUUUGAGCACUAGCUGGUGCCAUAAGUUCUGGGAACUGUUGUUUGUUCAAGUGAUCUUGACGGGCAUCGGCAUGGGCAUGGCCUUUGGGAGUGGGAUCCUGGUCCUGCAGUCCUACUUCACCAGUCACUUGGGCAUCGCAGCUGGUCUUACAUCUGCAGGUGGAUCUGUCGGUACGUGA